GCUACACCCUGUAGUCAGCCAUGAUGGUUCUGCAGAAUCACUUUCCAGAGUGAAUGAAACAGAAUUUUGUGAAAAAUACAGAACAUAUAACAAAGAUGGAUGUGUAACAGUGCAUGAACGGGAUCUUAAAUGCACUGAAAGGGAAUGCUUGACAGAAAAAGGAUCUAGAACGAGCGAAAAGAAUUGGUUAUGAAAAGAACUGUUAUCAUGGUGACCUUUAGGCAUCUCGGUAUAUAUUAGUACAGUAUCAUGAUCCAAGUUUGACACCUCAAGCCAUGGAUUAUGAGUUUGUGUUGAUAGUGAUCGGAAAAGUGUCAUGGCAAUAAAUUACUUAGGAUCUGCUAGUGCUUCUCAUAGUGGUUAGGUAAUCAAGAUGGUUGUGGCUCAAGGGGGUCGGUUGAUGCGUGGUGGGGGCAUGGCAACCACAGGCUGCGGCAUGACCCCCAAGGAGCUCUCCGACUAUGAUGACCUGGCAACUGCUCUUGUCCUUGAUCAGUACUUGGGCUUCGUCACUCACAAAAUGAAUGUGAGGUACAGACCAUUGCGUGGAAACAAAGACGAGCUUCGUACCAUUGUUGAGUGCUUCAUAAAACAUCAGGACUAUGAGAAAGCCUUCAAGCAACUGGUAUCUGGAGACUGGAUGCCUUGGACCUUUUUUAUCACCAAAAAUAAGGCACUUCAAGCAACUUUUAAAGAACAUGUGUUUCGAUACCUGCGAGUUUUUGACAAAGAUAGUGGGUUUGUGGUAAAAGCUUGCUACCGGUACUCAAUGGAAGGCUGCAUUGGAGCCAAAAUAUGUGCUACCAAGAAAUGGUACAAGAAUGAGCAGAUAGGAUUUUUGGUAGGAUGUAUUGCUGAGUUAAGUGAAGAUGAAGAAACUCAGUUGCUACAUCCUGGCAAGAAUGAUUUUUCUGUCAUGUACUCGUGCAGGAAAAAUUGUGCACAACUUUGGCUUGGACCUGCAGCUUUCAUCAAUCACGAUUGUCGUGCCAAUUGCAAGUUCACUGCAACUGGACGUGGAACAGCAUGCGUUAAGGUUCUAAGAGAUAUUGAGGAAGGGGAAGAGAUAACAUGCUUCUAUGGAGAAGAUUUCUUUGGAGACAACAACUCCUAUUGUGAAUGUAUCACAUGUGAAAGGAGAGGCACAGGAGCAUUUGCAGACAAAAAGAAUGAUGAUGAUCUAGAAAAAGGUUAUCGACUCAGAGAAACAGAUUUAAGGCUUAGGAUAAGUCGCCAAAGACUACGCAAUCAACAAAAAAAUGGGGAGGAAGUGAUUAGUAAAGGAAAGAGUGAAGGUGCAGUUAGCUUAAAGGUGGAUGGUGGUGAUCACAAGCUAAAAAUUAACAGUUUAACUGGCAAGGUAAACGGUGAAGUGGUUAGGCGAGAAUUAAGGACUAGAGGAGGCUCUCGAGAUUCUGAUAAAUCUGACAUUAGUACUGAUAGUGGCUCGACCCAAGCACAUGUUAAACGUUCUGGCUCUCAAGCACAUCCUCAUUUGAAUGGUUUGUAUCCAAAAGCAAAAAACAGGAGAACAAGUUCAGAUAGUGCUCAGGAAAACAUUGAUAUAACAAGUGAAAAUUGUGAUGACCCAGUGAAAACCAUUGAUUCGGAUAAAUAUCUUAAAAAUGUUGUAAAUAAAGGACGCCCACAAACGAGAAGUUGUGUAGUUACUAUUGAGAAUACUCUGAAUGAAGGAAAAAUUCCCAGAGAUGCCGGUACAAUUGAGUCUUCUCAAAAUGGGAGCCACCUUAAUACAAAGGGAAUCAAGUUACGCAGCCGCCGCCAGUCGAACACUGCCAUGAAGGAGGAGGGGUAUACCCGUAUCUUAAGAGGUCAUCACAACCGUUCUGACAGCCAUGACAUUAAAAGUCCCACAACUUUUUUUGAGGAUGUAGUUGAAAGAGAGGAAUGUGAGCCAGAAUCAGCAGCAGGUAGUAACAUGCUCAUGCCUGGAGGAAAUGAGUCUGCUAGAGUCUCAGGGAAUGAUGCUCUGGUCAGGACAACAUUGCCAGAGGAAACUGCCAGAGAAAUAGCUUCAAGGGAAUUGAUUCAGAGAGAAGUAAAUGCAAGAGAAGUAGCACCCAGCUCAAACUGCUUUGUGGAUCUGAGUCGUGUUAAGUUAACAGAUCACAUGCAGGCCGAGAUUAUGAGCGAAACUUCCCAACAGAACCGUAGUUUGACUGCCCCCACCUCACAGUGUAUGGCUGUAAGUGGGAGACCCCCUCUGCGUAGGCUACGCAGACCCCCUGGUGAAAAAUGUGAUAAUUCUAGUUUAGGUUACAUUAGUGUAGGAAGUAACUGUUCUAGUAAUAUUAUUAAUAAUAACACUGAUAAAAUUUCAGAACAAUCACUGCCAACUUCUCAGUUACCUCAGCAGUCUAGUGUUAAAAAUGAGGUGAAUAGCUUGGAGCCUCAUAGUAAAAAGACCAAGCAUUCAAAGUGCAAAGAAACAGCUUUAAAAGACAUAAGCAGUAUGAUGGUUAGUCAUUCUGGUACUAGUGGAGUAGAAACGGUUGCAGCCAAUCUCUCGUCAGAAAAAGACGUGUAUGAAUUUGAUGAAGAUGAGGAUUCGACUUCUCCUGGAUCUUUAAGAGUUGGUAAGCAUACUAGUGGGUGUGGUCGUUGGGGAAGAAAUGUAACUAGUGAGUGUAGGACAUCUCCUCAGUGUGAAUCUCCCCCUCAUCCAUUGAUUGGCUUUACCCCAUCUUCUCCGACAACCAUGGUCACCCCAGAGAAAAGUGGAAGAUGUGGGGUAAAAUUAAGGCUGCGAAUGAAGAGAUCUCCAGUUUUAGAUGAGGUUAUAGAAGUUGGGUCUCAUCUCUCGGAUUCAGGAAUUGCUUAUGAACCUGAAUAUGAGGUGUUAACAGUAGAAGGCAUUACAAACCAAGACUAUCAGACUAAUCACCAUCAUCAUCAUCAUCGGCGGCACCGUAAGAAGCACCAUCGUGAACACCGCCGUCGAUCUGAUUCAUCGGAAGGAGAGAGUACUGAUGGAGACAGCACGGCAUCACCUCGACCCACUAUGAAACGACUUCGCCUAAUAUUGGGUAACGAGACACACACAAUCACCAUCCCAGACACUCACCUUGACCACAAGUAGCACAUAGACCACCCGCGAUCUAUUGUUUCUUGACAUGCCUCCCAUUUCUUUCCUGAACAACAUUAUGUAAAUGAGCCUAUAAUCCCACAACCAAUUAAACUUCCUAUUGUAGGUCAGCCUUUAUCCCAUCAACCAGCUAAACACAAUUCUUCCAUGUCCUUUACAUUACCCACCAAACUUGAUCUGAUCCACAUAAUACUAUAAAUUCUUUAGCAUUUAUCAACUAAAUCCCCAUUUAGCUCUCAUAAUUGAUAAUACAUUCUCCUUAACAUAUACAAGUCAAACUCAUUCUGGUCCACUUCAUCACAGUCAAGGUCCAUCUAUUCACCCAGUUUCGUAACAAAACACUGGACCAGGGUAAACAUUUUAACCUACGAGUGGUCAAGCUAUUUUAACAUGUAAUAGGAUUGGCACUGUGCUUACUGAAAGGAUAAGGGGCGUUUAAUUUACCAAGUAUCUGUAAGUUAUUUUUAUGUUUUGUGACUUGUUAUACAUUUUUCCACACGGGUCGCGGGUUUAGAUUUUUAAGUAAAAACCUUAUUAAUUAUUUUUUUAGGUAGACAAAACAGGAAGACAUCUUUUUUACACGUAAUAAUUAAUGAAAUUAUUACAAACUUUAUUAUGUUUCUCAAAAAAUUCUGUGAUUGUGUUGAUUUUUCAGCGUUAGAAGAACUAGUAUGAGAAUGUGAAUGAUGACGUAGGCAGAACCAUCCAUGUUUGCAGUAACUCAGCAGCACCCCGGAGAGUAAUGUCACGGCUCAUAAGGUUUGACCAAGUCAGCUAAUCACUUUCGAGGAUCAGCGCACAAUAAUAUCUCCAAGCCAGUCAUCUAGUUUUGGAAUAGCAUACUUUGUCCAGAGAAAUUUAUUGUUUUCUAGGAGAUGAUGUUAAGUGAAUGGAUUUAUUUAUUAUCGAUCAUGUACAGUAGUAGAGUGUAGAAAGAGCUAUGCUGCAGAGUUAAAUAAAUGAAUGGUUACAGUGAGCUUGUGUUCUUGCAGCCCUGGCCAGCUAUUGUGAAUUCAGUGUGCAAAACAAGGAAAAGCUCUUAAUCCCAUCAUGAACUAUUGAAACAUUAAUGGUAUUUAACAGGACUGUAUUAAUGAGGCUGGACUGUAUUUGGACAAACCUGACAGGCCGCUUUUAAUUACACUCUUCAUCGGCACCAUUCCACUCUUGUAUAUCUUGUCAUGACUUCUGAAAGAUAACUGUCAAUACUGUGUAUUGAUGUUUGAGUACCAAGUCACUGGUAGCUCUUUAACGGUGGUGUUAAUAAAAGUUGUAGAAGUGAA